AGAAUAGGAUUCGGAUACGAAAGACAACGAUCAUGUAAGGGCAGCUCUAGUGUUGAAGCUCUAACAUUUUAUUGGUAACUUUAUGUGUUGUUUUCUGGGACUUUAUGUGUUGAUCUAUAAGGUGUUUUUUGUUAGCAAAUGUUGCACAUCUUUAUUCUUUGUUUCUUCAUUAUAUCUGAAGCAUGCUUUUGCAGUGGGUGACGGAAAUGUUCUCACAUUUUCAAAUCAGUUUUCUCAUGAACUUCUCAUCUUUGUACCGUAUGUUGAACUUACGGAAUGGUCUGGACGAGUGGAGAGUCGAAGAAUCUUGUUCUCUUUUGUUGUAGGUGGUCCUUCGAACUGCAAGUUUGGUCACUACAAAUCGAUGGUCUCUUCUUCCCAGUUUGCGUAGGUCUUGCAGGUUAAGAUGGCGUUCGAAUUCAUGAGCACCUAACUUGACAUACUUUCGGCGACGAGUAAAUUUGAUAUCUUCAAUUUAUUUGCAAGUUCUGUACAAAAAAUUGGCAGUGUGUGGAAAUGACUCUUCACAAGGAUUAAUUACUCAGGAAAUCCAUAGCCCAUCAUCUUUUCUCUAAUCCUUUUAAUUUUUGACUUGAAGUAGUGUUAGUUAGCUCAACAUCUCUAAACCUUGAUUGCAACCUCACAUGAUUGAUUGGCUCCCACGAAGGCCAUGGUGCCUUCCACUCACCUUGCUGAAGCUUCAUAUUUCUGAAUUGUAGAUCUGAGUCAAUUACGAUCGAAUUAUGAUCGUUAAUUAUAAUUCGGUGAUCAAUUGGGAGAAGCGACUCCAAAGUCGGUGCUAAGCUUGAUGGGCACGAAUGGGUUGAUGUUUUACCAUCUCAAGAGUCAUCUUCAGAAGUACAGACUCGGAAAGCAAACCAGAAGGGAGACAAGCCAGGAAGCAAAGAAAAAUGGAAGCAAUUCAAGCAAGACUAAUUGUUCCUCUACCACCAACAGUGACGUCUCUAGAACAGACGGUGUCGGCCAUGCAGAGAAAUACUUCUUGGAGAGGCGUUGCGCUAUCAGAUCGAAGUGCAGAGGAAACUGCAGGAGCAACUCGUGGUACAGAAGAAAUUGCAAAUGAGAAUCGAGGCUCUGGGGAAGUGCUUGUAAGCAAUACGGGAGAAAGCUCAGAAGAUCUUUGUUUCGACAUGAAUGGCUCGUCAGGCAGUUUGGAAGCCACCAGAGCCCAGCUUACGGAUUUCGACCUGCCACUAUCAGGCUUGACGGAGAACGUCGGUCGGGUUUGCGAAGAGAAGCACUCGGAGCUGAGAGAAGUGCGGUAAGAGGAAAACAUCAAGAAGAGGAACGAUUCAGAGUUUCAACUUUAUCAGGAAGGUAGAGAUGAGGCCGAGGACAGUUCUCUUCUUCUGCUGGAUUUGAAUGUGAAAGGAAGCAGAGGUGAGAUGGUUGGUGGAUCAAGAGGAAACGACUUGGAUCUCAGAAUCCAAACGCAGGGGUUGUAAACCAGCUUUGACUGUCGAUUCUGCACUUGCAGACACAUCCGAUGCUGUCAUUGUGCGCAUCGAGUUGAUAUCGAAUCUAUGUUUCUUUCCUACAGCGUAAAUCUUUA